AAUCUGCCACUGCACAGUACUACAUAAUGUUGCAGAAAAGAACAAUUAUGUCAUACGUACUUAAUACGAUGGUGUGCAUUUGUAUUCAGACCCUUUUUACUCUGUUACUCUGUCUCAUUGCUCACUUUACAAAUGCAUCUUAGGAAAUAAGAAUAUGACUGAAAAAGUAAUUAUGACUUACAGCUAAUGACAACCCAAAGUCAGUUUCUCAGGAAGCGUAGAAUACUAAAUAAAUAAAAAAAUAAGAUGAAUAAAUUGGUCUACAGAAAAGCUUGUCUAUGUUCUGUAUAUCAUCUGCAUUGAGUGCUUGGUUGGGGCUCCUUUUGCAUGAAAUGCUGCAUCAAAGAGUAACAGUGCAUGGAGAUGCUGCGUUGAAUGCUUCGCCUCACCUUUUUCACUCACACAUCUUUUUCUAUUUUUUUUUUCUUCCUCUAAACUUUCCAUUACGGUUGGGUUUCAAGAGCUGUAAUUAAUUGGGCUGCGUGUGCGCUUGAAGGUCCUCAACAGGAAGUUGUACGAACCAGUUUCUGACUUGACUUGGUUCAUUCAAAGAAUCCGUAAGGUGUUUCAUUUGCAUCUGUCUUCUUUUACGCCCCUCUCACUCCAACAAAAAAACUAAGGCAGACUCUGCCCAGCGCAGCUCAGUAAGGCAGCAGCAACACACACACACACACACACCAAGUACGGUUUGGGCCGACCGAUUUUGACUUUAAACAAUGCAGAAGAGGCCUGAAAAGUUGGAAACUGCAUCUUUAGGCACGGGACUGGCUGGGGCAGCAGCUGUGCGCCCACGGAUCGGGGUUCAUGUGUUGGUUUCCCUGCAUUCCUAAGGAAAGUCGCCUGAAAAGCUGAGAGAGGGCACAAACAGCCUGACUGCGGUGCCAAUAAGAGAAAUCCAUUCAUCUUUUAUACAUAUCGCAUUUACCGCCGCUGGGAUAUUAAUUGAACUCUCUUUUUAGCCCAGAUUUAAUGCAUAAGGCACCACUGGCUACAGUUUGGAACCUACUUUUGGAGACGUUGACUGUGUUUUACGCACGGGAUUUUCUCAACAAAUGACCACCUGUGAUUGCUCCUCAACUGUCUUCCUUCAUCCUCUCAGGUCUUUUUUCCACUCUGACCCAAAUCAUCAUCAUCAUCAUCAUCCGCAACACCGGCUUUGACGAAGGAGACUAAAAGGCGUCCCUUCGGGCAUCCAAACGCACCGGCGUGUGGCUGAGAAUGCGCGAAGGAGGUUUCCCGAUGUCCGUCUCCGUGGUGAUGACUCUGCUUUUGGUCGUUAUAGACGUGAAGGCCAGCGGGGAAUACUGUCACGGGUGGCGAGACUCACAGGGUGCGUGGAAAGACGGGUUCCAGUGCCCGGAGAAGAUCGACGGGGAGGACGCGAUCAUCUGUUGCGGGAAGUGCGAGCUGCGAUAUUGCUGCGCCAGCACGGACGCGCGGCUGGAUCAGGGCAGCUGCGAGAACGACAAGCAGGCUGAGUUACCGGGAACGGAGAGCAAAGAGGACAAGGACUCCCGUGCAGUGCCGAUCUACGUGCCCUUCCUGAUCGUGGGAUCUGUGUUUGUGGCCUUCAUCCUGGUGGGUUCUGUGGUCGCCGUGUGCUGCUGCCGCUGCCUCAGGCCGAAGCAGGAGCUCUCCUCGGCUGGCGCCUCAGGAAGCGGAAGCACCGGCGGCCGCCUCCUGGAAACCAUCCCCAUGAUGGCGAGCAGCUCCAGGGGCUCCUCGUCCCGGCAGUCCAGCACCGCCACCUCGUCCAGCUCUUCGGCUCCGCCCGCCGGGGUUCGCGCCGGUCCCGCUCCGCUAAUGCGGGCUCAGGCCUCCUGCUGUCUGCCCCCCGACGCCAGCGUCUUCGUCAACAUGCCCACCAACUUCUCAGUUCUCAACUGCCAGCAGGCCACCCAGAUCAUGUCCCACCAGUCACAGUUCAUGCACCCACAGUACAUUGGCUACGCCCACCCUGUGUCCCCUACGGCGGCCUUUUUAGACCACAGUCAGGGGGGAUACAGACCUCUCCAGUCCCCAUGUCCUCCUCCAACAGCAGGAUCCAGCGCCACCAGUGACAAUAAAGGCCCUCCAGUAACAGUGUGAUGAGGAUGGAGGUGAUGGGGGGAGGGUGGCUUACUUGCAGACCACUCCGGAUCUUUUUGGAGCAGGGACAUCUGGGCUCACUUCUAAAGUGGAGAAAACAACAAAAAGAGAAGAAAUCAAGGAGUCCGGACUCACAUGAAGGACUUUUUAAGCUGUUCCCAGUCUGGACCUGCCCUGCUAUUGUGUGUUGGCGUUUCAUAUGAUCUCUUGGCAAAGUGUCACCGAGCUAAGCUCAACCCGUGAUGAGGGUUUAUGGAUCCAUAAACAAUUCUCUGCAAAACUGAAUGUUUUAGGGUUUACCACGGGCCAGGUGGAUAACGACGCACAGUUCAAUGCAGUACAACACGCAGCUCAAAUCGGACCUGCGUGCGUUUCUGUGCACACGGACCUGUGUGCAAAAGUGUGAAAAGAGAUUUGCUGGCGUAUACGUGCAGGAAUGAGUGACGACUGUUUGAUUUAUAGCAUGAAAAAUGGAUCUCUGAGCAGUAAAGAACAAGACCACAUGUUUUGUUUAAGGCACCGUGCACAUCUGUGGCUGCGAAUAAAUGCGAGUGAGUUUACACAA